AUGGAGGGUGCCAUGUUUACUUGCAACUCCUGCGACAAGAAGUUUACGUACAAGAGGAAUUUUAGGCAUCACAAGAAGUAUAAGUGUAACUUGCCUCCACAGUUUGGUUGUCAUGUCUGUAAUAGUAGUUUUACUACUCGGGCUUACCUUAGAUACCAUUUAGCAAAUAAACAUAGAAUUGGAGAAACAUUAACAACUAUGUUUAUGUCGUUUGAUGCAAAAUCCAGUAUACCGGAUAAAAAAUUCAAGUGUAUGAAAUGCGACAAGGCCUACAAGCACAGACCGAAUCUUUAUCGGCAUUCCAAAUACGAGUGUGACGGCAUUCCCAGGUUUGUUUGUGAAAUAUGUGGAAAAGCGUAUACACAGAAGGUUACUCUGAAACAGCACGUCGAUUCGCUACAUUUGACCGCAGUGUUUAAAUUUGAUAAUAUUUUUGAGAGAUUUAAGCCAAGGCAGGAUGAUGAGUAUGAUGAACAUAAAUGA